AAUAAUUGGAAAUUCCAACAUCAGAACUAGGAUAAUUUAGUCAAUCAGAAGUAAUUAUCGCCGGCUUUGUACAUAUAGGAGUCGCGAUUACGUAGGACGUGCACCAGUGCUCUCUGCAAUCUGCAUUUGAGUUGUAACGAUUUGUGACAAAGUAACAGUUUGGAAAGUACCAUUGUUCUGGAUUUAUUGAUGAUCGACUUAAGAGCUAUUGUAGCUAACAAUCGGAGAUGAAAGUAUCUGAGAGAUCAUGGAGAAGGUAUCAAUCAAAGAGAGAUAAUUUAUAAACACCAAUUUAAACGAACUCAAAGUAUCGAUGAGAGCAGAGAUGAACGCAAUAUGGCGCCAAGCCACGCGAGACUUCUGCUGAGAGAGCGACUUCCCGCUCCGCCAGUGCGAUAAAUGAUCUAUCGUUCUCAAAUAUUGUUUGACUGGCGGCAACCCUGUGAGUUUUCUGAUGAGCCUGCAUAUUAAAGGCAAUUGACAGCGUCACACUAUAACGCGCGCAUAUUUUAUGUCUGAUCUCUCCUGAGGGGCUUCCGAAGAGAGCCGAUUAACGCUAAAAUCGGAAACCAAGCUUGAUCGACUUUUAUUAAAACGCCAGAGUAUGAACGCUAAGCAGCAGAAUUCAGUAAGCAACGGAACGAGUUACAUGGAUAAUAUUAUUUCGAUAGAUCUUGGAGGAAAAAUGAUAGCGGGGACUUUGGAUAAUAGCAGCAGUCAGGUGAUAUAUUCUCCAAUGCUUGGAUUACGAAGUAGUAAUGGGACUCUUAGACCAGAAAUUAUGACGUUUGAUCCCGACAAUGAAAGCUUAACUAGCUACCAGUACGAACCAAAGUAUGAUUUGGAAUUAAUGAUUUUUAUCUGUGCUCUUAUCGGUUGCGUUAUCGUUUCCAUUGUCAUCGGAAAUGUUUUUGUGAUAUCAGCCAUUAUACUGGAAAAAAGUUUACAAGGAGUUUCAAAUUAUCUGAUUUUGUCUCUAGCAGUGACAGACCUUAUGGUUGCCGUUCUCGUAAUGCCGCUUUCGUUGAUUGAUGAAAUUAGUUUGUACUGGUAUUUAGGGCCUGCUGUAUGUGACAUGUGGACUUCUUUUGAUCUUUUGUGUUGUACAGCGUCCAUUCUUCAUUUAGUAGCUAUUUCUUUGGAUAGGUACUGGGCGGUGUCCAAUAUUGACUAUAUUCGGCGGCGAUGUGCUAAACAAAUACUAUGUAUGGUUGCAGUUGUUUGGGUGGUUGCCAUAGCGAUUUCAAUAGCGCCUCUUUUUGGAUGGAAAGAAGAGGAAGACAAUCCUGAACACACUGGGGUUUGUAAAAUCAGCCAGGAUAAAGCUUAUACUAUAUUCUCCACCGUAGGAGCAUUCUAUUGUCCUUUAAUUCUCAUGGUUGUGCUAAACCUUAAAAUUUAUAAAGCUGCACGUUCUCGCAUUCGUAAGAAACAUAUAAGUGGGUUACACAGACCUGUGCGUGCUUAUCAAAGACCUUCCAUUACGGCUGCUGACGCUACCACACGGCAUAAUAGUUCCGGAAGUGACAUAAGUCAAGAUGGCUACACUGUGUACAAUGGUGUCCACCAGGCGGAGGAACCAGUGUUUCAGGAGGCUGAACAGGACGAAACAGCAGAAGUUAACACAAGAUUCCUAGUGGUCCCUUCAAAUGUCUACGUGUUGAAUAAACAACUAAACCCCCCAAAGAAUACAAACAACAAUAACACAAAACAAGUUCCAUACUGUGAUAAAGAAAGACUUCGGAAAGCGAAGAUAGAAAUGAAGAGGGAACGGAAGGCGGCCCGAGUGUUGGGUAUAAUCACGGGAGCAUUCAUUGUAUGCUGGCUUCCAUUCUUCCUGCUAGCUCUAAUCUCGCCAUUUUGUCCUUCGUGUGACUUUCAUCCUGCAAUGUUCAGCGUGUUUCUGUGGCUAGGGUACCUAAAUAGCUUGCUAAAUCCUAUCAUAUAUACAAUUUUCAACCCAUCUUUCAGAAAUGCAUUCCGUAAAUUAAUAUUUAAAAGAUACAGAAGACAUUGAUUGUUAAUUUUUGAUUUUCCCACGUUGUAUAUUAAUAAAUUAUUAAUAUGAAUUUCAUACAUUUAUCCUGGUUGAUGAAAUGGGACCCAGUGGGUUUUAUCGUGUUGAAUGAGAGAAACAUAUAAUUUGUUACGUUUAAAAAAAUAUGUUGCAAUUUAUUGUGCUUUCUAUUUAACAUUUCUUUUGAAAUAGAUAACAUAUUGUUUGACAGAUUUAUCAAUCAAAAUGGCUUAAAAGUUCGAUUUAAAAAAAAAAAAAUAAAUGGCGGAUUUCUGAAUUCGAUGAAAAGUUAAUUAUAAUUGUAGUUUUCGUGUUUAACAGUUGCUUUAGCUAUCAAAUGGUGUUUGUACAACUUGUCUGAAGCCUGUUGAUUGUUGAUAAUCUCUAUUCAUAGUCUAAUUUUCUUUUAUAACAUUUUAAUCGUUACAAUUACUCUACUAAUUAUAAACAUGUGGUUUUGAUAGAUGUCCAGUGAUUUCGUUUUGUUUUGUUUCUUUUCAAAAGAGUGUAGUACAUUUUGAAAAUGUGGAUAUCUUUACA